AUGUCACGUUUUUUUGUAGGAUCAUCAUCAGAGUCAGAGAGUGAUUCAAGCUCCUCUGAUUCCGAUGUUCAAGUUGUACCAAAGAGAAGAGUUAUCUCUUCCUCUGAGGACGAAGUAGAUGUCAAGCGUGUUGUACGUUCCGCCAAAGACAAACUCUGGAUUCAACUAGAGGAAAUCUUACAGGCAACCAAACAACAGAUCGCCGCCAACGAAUGGGCCAACGUUCAAACUGGUUUCGAAACAAUGAUGAAAUCAGUCGAUAAAUCAACUGCUUUAAUUAAGAAAGAAGGUGUUCCACCAGCAUUGGUCAAGACAUUGUAUUUGAUCGAGUCUGGACUUGCAAUCGAUGAAGCAAUCAGAAAGAAGUUGAGCCAACGUAACUCAAAGGCUCAUACAUUCUUGAAACAAAAGAUCAAGAAGACUACACCACCAUACGAGGCACAAAUCAAGCCAUACAGAGAAAACCCAGAGUUGUUGGCAUCCGAUGCCACCGCAACAAAGAAGCCAGCCAACGACGAUUCCGAAUCCGAAGAUGACGACGAAUCCUCUGACGACGAUACACCAAAGAAGCCAACACCCGCUGCCUCUAAAAAGGCUGCUCCAGCCAAGAAACCAGCCGGAGGAUGGUUCAAGAAAGGUUCAGAUGAUUCUGACAGUGGUUUCUCUUCUGAUUCUGAAGAUGAAACAUCAUCUGAUGACUCUAGUUAUUCGGAUUCCGAUGAGGAUACUGGAAGUAAAUGGUGGGUAAAGGAUACUGGAGCAAAGGCAACAACCCAGACAACAAAGAAAGACAAGAAGAAGGAACCAAAGAAGGUUGUCACUCCACAAGUUGAAUCAACCACUACAGCAGCGACAGCAGGUGCAGCACCAGCAGUUCAACGUCAAUUGACUCAAGAGGAAAUCACAAAGAAGCUGAAGGAGAUUCUCAGCAGUCGUGGUAAGAAGGGUACAUCACCAAGCAAGCAGGUCGAAGAUCUCGAGUUCCUCCUCACUCAAGUCAAGACUGAGAAGGAGACAUUCGACAUCCUCUACAAUCUCAUCAACGCUCAGUUUGAUCUUUCACCAAACCUUCAGACUUCGCUCGCAUUGCCAGUCUGGAAGAGUUGCUCCGACAAUAUCUUGCGUUUGCUCGAUAUGCUCAACACUAACAAGCACUUUAUCUUGUGCUCCGACAACGAAGAGCCAAAGUUGAAGGAGGGAGAAGUCGUCAUCCGUGGCAACUUGUUGUCGCUCUUUGAGCGUUUGGACGACGAGUUCACCAAGUCACUCCAACACCUCCACUUCCCAUCCGCCGAAUAUACCGCACGUCUCGCCGACGAGCCAGUCUUGUUGAAGAUUGGAGAGUCCGUCCAAGACUACCUCGAGCAACACGACACCAGUGCCAAGUCAUCGCGUGCUGCCAUCCGUCGUCUCGAGCAUCUCUACCACCGUGCCGACCCAACCGAAUUCGAACAGAACGACAAGUUGAUCAAGCGUCUCUCCUCGUACAUCUACCAGCAUGGAGACGAGCGUUUGAAUGCCCGUACUAUCCUCUGUAAUAUCUAUUUCAAUGCCAUUCACAACCGUUUCCACGAGGCUCGUGAUAUGAUGUUGAUGUCCCAUCUCCAAGAUAACCCAACCGUCAUGGACAUCCUCACUCAGAUCCUCUUCAAUCGUGCAAUGGUACAGCUGGGUCUGUGUGCCUUCCGUAAGGGUUACAUCCAGGAGGCUCAACAAUGUUUGGCCGAGUUCUCUGGUUUGCGUAAGGAGUUGCUCGCCCAAGGUGCCUCCAUGCAUCCAAAAUACCAAGAGAAGGAUCCACUCAAGGAGAUCGAAGAGAAGCAACGUAUCCUCCCAGGUCACUUGCACAUCGCUAUCGACGUCAUCGAAACCGUCAACUUGCUCUCGGGUAUGUUGAUCGCCGUUCCACAGACUGCCGCUCGUCCAUUCGACUCGAAGCUCAAGACAUGCAAGUUCUUCCAGCGUCACAUGGAUCACCUCGAUAAACAAGUAUUCGUUCCACCACCUGAAUCAUUCAAGGAUGUAAUUUAUGCCAGUUCAAAGGCAUUGGCCACCGGAGACUACCGUACCACCAUCGAUUUGCUCGCCGGUCUCAAGCUUUGGACCGUUAUUCAAGAUGCCGAAGCCGUUCGUGAACGUCUCAACCGUAUCAUCCAAGAGGUAUCACUCAAGACUUUCCUUUUCACCUACAGUGCCUACUACGACACCAUGUUGUUGAGCGAACUUGCCGACCGUUUCCAACUUCCAAAGAACCACGUUCACUCCAUCGUAUCAAAGAUGAUGGCCAACCACGAAAUCUCAGCUUCAUGGGAACACUCCACAGAGACAAUCACAUUCCACCGUUCAGAACAAACCAAAUUACAAUACCUCGCACUCAACUACUCUGAUUCUCUCAUCAACUUUGUAGAACAAAACGAAAGAAUUUACGACAUUAAAUUUGGAAGCUAUAGAAACAAGAAGUUUGACGAUGUAUCUGCCGGUGCUGCUCAAGGACAGGUCACUGGUGGUCAACAACACCACAACCAACAACGUAAACAACAAAGAAAUAACAAUAGACGUCAAUAA